AGAGCACGUGUCCUUCAGGGGAGUAUGGAGGCAGCGGACAUCCUGGGAGCGCUCCAGGCACAGACAGCUAUCCUUCCUGGAGGCCGCGACCUUGAAGGGCGCCCUUUGCUGCUGGUGUCAGUACCUUCUGAGACGCAGCCUUGGAACAAGGACCACUUGGACACUGUCCUCAGAUACUUCCUCUUCAUAUUCAGUCCUGAAACACGACGCAAUGGGCUUGCCGUGGUGCUGGACGCGACGCGCAGCUCCUGGCGCACGGCGCGUGCCUGUAUGCGACAGGUGGGCGUCACAAUGGGCGCAGACGCUGCCGCCCUUAUCGUGCUCCGGCCGGAGGCGUUCUGGGACAAGCAGCGCGUGGACAACUGCACACGCACGCAGAAGGAAGGAGAGCCCGUCUACAUUCCAGUUUGCAGACUCCAUAAAUACGUCGAGUUGUCUCAACUUCCAGAAGAACUGGGAGGCAGCUGCUCGUAUGACCACAACCAGUGGUUACAGAACCGCAUUGAUGUGGAGGCGUUCACGAAGGAGACAGAGGGCGUGGUCUCGGACCUAGAGAAGUUGCGACAGCGCCUCACGAGGUUCCGCGCGGGGGUAAGGGUCAGCAGCAUAGAAGAGGCGCUCAGCCUCAAUCGGGAGAUGUUCGACACCACAAAAGACCUGGCCCAUAAGGUCCUGCAGGCAGGUAAAGAGUUACUCGAGCAUUUUGUGCCCAACAGAGACCUUGCGGCACCGCAAGACCUUCUGGACACGGCGGACAGAGUUGAGCGCCUGCUUGAGAUCAUACACGGCAAAGAGGCGCUGAUUGAAGAGGCCUGGCUGGCUAUGGAGAAGAGUUUCGUGGACGCCAAGGAGAUCAGCAGUCUUGAGGAGGGCGUCAGUCGGGUCACCAACUGGAUCCUCGGUCCAGCAGAGAUGAUGCUGAAUGGUCAGCAGGAAGUGGGCUUUGACGUCAUUUCUGCUGAAGAACUGAGGCAAGAGCACGAAACUAUGGAGCUUCAAUGUAGGGACACGUAUGGCCACUACGCCGAGCUGCUGCAUAAGAUCGACAGGCUUCCGCGCUGCGACAUAGAGCUGCCAGAGGACCUCAGGUCGCAACGUGACUUCAUGGACUUCGUGUGCCGCAGCUUCGCUACGAGGCUCGAGAGGCGUCGCAACGUACUCAUCACAUCGCUUAGAUUCUUUCGCCUUGUUUCAGAGUACUUCGACCGAACGAAUGAAGUGUUUGAAUCCUUGUUGAAAUGCGACGAUGUGGAAAAUUUGGAGUCGGCUGACGCGAUGUUAGUAGAACUGCAAGAGAGUCACAUAAAUAUAGAGCUCCUGGGGCGGGAGGUGAUGAAGGAAGGAGAAAAGCUGGCGGACAUCCUGUCAAUGCCUGUGAAGGACGCGUUGGGUCGCGGCGUGGAGGUGAACUACGAGAGUGAUAUCGCCAACGUGCUGGAACUGCUGGACGCCACGACGGCCCGGAAGAACAUCUUCUGCGACAGUGUGGAGGUGCACAAGUUGACCCUGGCCCAAGUGUCGCAUAUCCGGGCCUAUGAGAGGGACGCGGCGCAAGCUGUGCAAUGGCUCGACGACUUGUUCCAGGUGAUGCUGAAGGCACACGUGCACGUGGGCUGUAACGUUUACGAAAUACAGUCGCAGAAAGAGGAGCACCAGUCCUUCCAGGAGACAGCCAAGGGAACGUAUGAGUACGGAUGUCAGCUGCUGAGCGCUGCCCUGGCCCUCAGACAGUCCUGCAAGCUGCCCACCGAAGGCAACCGGCAGCUGUCUCAGAACCUCUGGCACUCCUGGAAGAAGCUGCAGACCGUGGGGCAGGAGCAGAUGACGCGCUUGCGGGUCUCCGCCGUCUUCCAUCGCAGCGUUGAAGAGCACUGCAGCCAACUGAGAGAGCUGAUGGAGUCAGUGAAGGCGCUGUUCCAGGGCUCCUCUAGGCUGCAUAAGUUUCUGACCAGCAGAGAGCGCCUGUUGCUGGAGGUAGGCCGCAUGGUGCGACUGGGAAGGUUGCUACGGACCCGUCUGAGAGAACCACUGUGUCCCGAACAAGAGUCGGUGGACAGUGGCAUCAAUGCAACGGCAGUAGAAGCAAUUUCCGACAAACUCUCCGAGGUAACAGGGCUGGCCGAGCAGCUGGACGCCUCUCUGUGUGGUGCGCAACAUGGCUCCAAUAUCAAACGCAUCCUGGAUGGCACAGCGACAACCACACCGGAGGAAUGGUACACCAAUCUGAAAACGCCUUCGAAAACUGCUUCUGCAGACGACAGUAAGUCCGAUGACGACUUCAUCACGGCUUCUGAGUGCACGUGCACCCCUCCUUCGAGAUCAUCGUCAUUUCACACGGCGUCGGAAUGCGGUGGUGCGUCUCCGUGGUGGGAAGUAGACCGCAUGUCGGACGUGGAAGGGGAUUGCUGCGGCAGAGAGAGGCGUCCAAAAGAAGAAUCAAGCAGUGACCAACCGUCCUCCCAGAGCGAGACGGAGAAAGCCAUCGUGAGAACGGUUACGGAGGUGACAACGGAUGUUGUAAUUCACGAAGUCACAGAGACAACUCGUCUAAAGCUGUCUCAUGGAAACACCUCAGGAGUCACAUCAUUUCUUCUAACGACGGAGACAGUCAGAAGUGGGGCCGGAGAAGGAAAGCAUGGUGAAGAAAAGCCAAAAACUUCGACCGAUACUGCAAGCCCCUCGGAUCCCAAUGAUCAGCUGCUGAAUCAGUUGAAAGAGAGUCGAGAGUGGUUGCAGCUCAAGGUGCUGGAGGUUCAUCCAGAACUGACGAAACUUGGUGCCAGUCUGAAGGAAGCCAGUGACCUGCAGCGUGCGCAUGAUGAGGUCCUGCUGCAGCUACAGAGCAAGCAAAGUCCAGUAGAAGAGCUUCUUCGCCAAGCAGACCAACUGAUCUCUACACAGAAACCUCGGGCUGAAGUUUAUGCUGCGAUGGCUGAAUCUCUAGGUCUGGCUUGGAAAGAUGUGAACUCACAUUUGGAACAAAGAAAACUCAUCCUUGAUCUCAAUGUUGCAUAUCAGAGGCGAGCUGAGGACUGUGUUGAUAGAAUGAGAGCAUUGGAGAUUGCUUGUCAGGACCCUGCCUUGCCAGUGGAGAUAGAUGCUGUGAAGCAGCUACUCACAAAACUGCAUGAUUUGAAAAGACUGAUGCUUGAAUCUCUGAUGGCUUCAUUGCAAGAUGGCAAGCUACUUCUGGAAAAGCUGAGGGAACUAUCCACUGAGGGAACACUGGAUUCUAGGCCGGACCAUAUUAAGACAUCUGCAGAACAAGCUGUGUCUCAGGUUGAACACUGGUUAGAAAAUCUUCAUGACCGUCGAAAACUGCUGGAGAUUGCUUGGCAAAGUCGUAAAACACACCUGGAACAGUGUCUGGCUCUGGCAUUGCUUGCCAGUGAUUUAAAAGGACUGGAAGAAAUACUGAUAAUUCGUAAGGAAGCUGUAACAAGUGUUAGUGAUCAGCUGGGUAAUUCAUCAGCCAGUGCUGAGCUUUUACUGCAUGAACAUAAGAAGCUGUUACCAGAAGCAAAGGAGCUGCAAGAUCGAGCCCUUAAGGUAACGAAGGCAACAGAGCAACUGGUAGCAUCAGGACACUUUGCAGCAGAACAAGCCACUGCCCAAGCCUACAGUGUUCUGAACUUGAGUACUGAAUAUUUGGAUGCGCUUGAACAGAGGGAAUUACUGUUAACUCGUGCCAUUGGAUUCUUCCGCUCUGCUCACACUGCACUGACGAAACUGGAUCAGCUCGAAGUCCAGUUAACAACGACAAAGCUAUCAGCUUCUUCACUACAGCUUAUUCAACUCCAUUCCCAAGUUUCAAAGUCAUUAGAUGAGAUGACUUCAGCUCCCUUGCAGGAGGGCUACUCCCUCCUUGAAACUGUCUGUAGAGGGUCACCUGGAAUAGAGGGAGUCAAGAACACUGUGGAGGAAAUAGAAAACCGUAAAAUCCAUCUUGGUGAAUUGUGUACAGCUCACAGGGAAGAGAAUAUACGCUUAUCUCAGGCCUUCACUGCAUUUCUUGAGAAACAAAAUGAAUUAUUUUCAUGGCUUGUGAGCAUUGCUGAGGCAUUUUUACAAGGUCACCAGGAUAUGGGAAGUGUUCUCGCAAUGGCAAAAGACUUUCUAGAAUUACAUCACCAGCUACUAAAUGACUUACAAAAAAAGGGAGUAGAAAUCAACACACUUCUCUUAACCCUUCCUCCUAUUCUGGAAUUCUUGGAUGAUGAACAACGAGAAGAUGUGGAUCAGAAGGUGGAUGCUCUUCACUCUCAUUGGUUGAAUCUCAAAUCUUUGCUUGAAUCAAGAAUUGACCUGGCUGUCAUUUAUGUAAAAUUCCACUCACUAGCAGUGCAGUUGGCCAAUGAAUUUGAUGCUGCAGAAGAAGAGUUUAAGAAAAGCUCUGAUGGUGUUAGUGAAGACACAAUCAGGCACGUUGAACAGAAGUGGUUGUCAAUCCAGCAACUCUACAGCCAGCUUACAAAUGUUGGAAAGAAUUUCACUGAAGAUGCCUCAAAGGUCGGGGACCCAUAUCUAGAUAUCAAGCGUGCAAGCUUAUGUGUGGAGACUCUCUUAGAACACUUCGGCAACCGGCAGUUUCUGAUCUCAGACUCAUGGCAGACAUGGCAGAUGAACAUCACAGUUGAGAGAGAGUUCAAAGUGCAGUGGGAGAUGAAUGUCACUGAAAGCACUCGGACUGUUGACUGGGUAUCCAAACUGGAUGAACAGUUAUACCCGGUGCUGACAAGCGACACAAAAUCUUCAAAAGCAAUUGCCAGAGAAUUAGAAGAGAAACUGCAGAUUGUCUUGCCAGAAGUUAGGAGAGCUCAGGCAGAAAUUGAACUAAGAAUUAAGGCUACAGAAAAUCUUGCGCAGAGAGGAGAUACUCAUGGACAGAAAGAAGCAAUUGUGGCUAGAUUAAUGGAAUUACACAACAAAUUACAAGUUAUUAUAACAGACUAUCAGAUACUGCUGCAAAUGUUGAUCUCUUUCUUCAAGAACUUGGCUGAACUUGAGAAAACAAUUGAGAAUUUACAGUCACAAUAUCAGUUCACCAGACUUCCAAGUGCAGUUUCAGAAGUUGAACUGCUCUUAAAAGAACAUGAAGCAUCUCGACAAGCUGUUCUCGAGUUAUUCAAGUUCACUCAAAACGAGAGUGAACAAAUCAUUACAAGGAUAUGGCAGCAGGAGCCUCAUACCACUGCUCAGCAUGAUAUUCAGAGAGUGACUGUUCUCCUAGAAGAGAAACGUAAUGCCUGGGAGCUGGCAUGGAUGGAACGCAAAAUACAACUGGAACAGCACCAGCAGCUGUGUCAGUUUGAUUCAGAUCUUCAUUUAAUUAAUUCCUCUCUUAAUGACCUCAGCGCGCAGCUGUCUGCUAUUCGAGGCCAGUAUGGGGAGUCUUUGGCAGGUGCCAAAGCCACAUCUCUAGCUUUUGUGUACUUCGAAAAAACCAUUGAGCUGCUGCAGCUUCGUAUCCAGACAUUUGUUAGUACAGCUAAUCAGAUGCUGUCAUCAGAGCAUGUCUCUUCACAACACAUAGAACGUGAGCUGAAGAUGCUUCAGACACGCUGGACUGCAUUUCACAGCCAAGUUGUGGAGAGUCGACGCCUCAUUGAUCUUAGCAUAAAAUACUUCCAGUUAGUUGAAGAGGCUGAAGAAUGGUUCCGGGAAGGUAGUAAAUUAUUACUCACUAUUGCAAGGAAGUCUACAACAGUGAAAUUACCAGAAGAAGCUACACAGUUGUUGAAUGAAGUUGAAACCUUCCUUAAGCCAGGAGAAACACGGCAAGAUGAGCGAAUCAGACAGAUAUCUAGGUUAGCUGUUGAUCUAUACGGUGAAGAGCAAUCGAAACAAGUAACACUAGUACUGAAUGAAAACCGGGAAAUGAUGGACUCAUUUACUGUGAUCAGUCUGGAACUCAGUACAUUGGCUAAAAAUCUGAAGGCUGCCGAGGAGCAACGUGAACAGCAGAAGAAGGAACAGGAAGAGGUGGAUGCAAGUCUUGCUGCAGCCAGAGCUGAGGCAGCUGCUGCCAGAGCUGCUGCGUCUGCUGCAGAAGAGGCUAGGAAGGCAGCAGAAACAGCAGCAAAAGCUCUGCAAGAGGCAGCACCAUUCUUGCAGAAAUUAGAGGUGGUAGAAGCACUUCCAGUUCCACCUUCUAAACAUGAAGAAGGACAGAAGUCUCGGAAAUCACCAAGUCCACCCUUGAAGAAAGCCAAAUUUAUUGAUGAGGUACCAAAGCCUGUAGCACCCGUGUUCACUGUUCCACUGCAUGAUGCAGUGAUUCAAGAAGGGGAUAGAUUCACUUUCGAGUGCAGAGUGACUGGCUUUCCAAUGCCAGAGGUGACAUGGUACAAAGAUUGUAUUGCAAUACAGAAUAAUCCUGACUACCAGACCACAUUUGACCAAGGUAUCUGCACGCUCACUAUUGAAGAAACAUUCACAGAAGAUUCUGCUAAAUUCAUCUGCAAGGCUGUCAAUGCUGCAGGAACUGCUGAAACAAAUGCUACACUCUCAGUCAAAGAACCAGAAGCAGAAGAACAGUUAUCACCUCCUGUCUUCACCAAACGUCUGGAGUCAAGCAUAUCACGAGAAGGCUCUACUUUUCAAAUGGAAUGUAAAGUCGAAGGCAAUCCACUUCCCACAGUCCAGUGGUUUAAGAAUGAUGUUUGUAUUGACAACUCACCUGACUAUGUAAUCACAUACAAUAAUGGAGAGGCAGUGUUGCGGCUUGAGGAAGUUUUCCUUGAGGACCAAGCUGAGUACUGCUGCAAGGCUGCCAAUCAGCUUGGCACUGAUUUAUGCAGUGCUAAACUUACUGUUGAGCCUCUGGAGCCAACAGAAGCGCCUUCAUUUGUCACUCCUUUGUCAAAUGUCAUGGCUCGAGCAGGUCAGAAAAUAAAAUUGGAAUGUGAAGUAACAGGAUUACCAACCCCAGAGCUUAACUGGAGUCAUAAUGGAAAACUGAUGCAGGAAACGCAUGAUAUCAAAAUGCAGUAUGAUGAUAAUAAAGCGACAUUAGUUGUAAAUGAGGCAUUUCCAAAGGAUGCUGGAGUCUAUGUUGUCUCAGCAAAGAAUAUAGCAGGUGAAGCAACUAGUUCUUGUAAUGUUUCUGUGAAAGGACGUCUGCCAACUGAAACAUCUGACUCAGAAGUCGCUAGUGAUAUGGAGCCUAUCAAGCCAGCCAUUCAGCUACCUCUGAAAGACAUAUCAGUAUUUGAAGGAAAACGAGUCAGGCUUGACUGUAUCAUCAUUGGGCAGCCUGAGCCGGAGGUUAUUUGGUACCACAAUGACCGCCCAGUAAAGGAAUCUACAGAUUUCAAAUUAUUGUUUCAAGGAGAUCGGUGCUCUCUUAUUAUUCAGGAGGCUUAUCUGGAAGAUGCUGGAGAGUAUAAAGUUGUUGCAAUUAAUUCAGGAGGAGAAGCAUCAAGCAAAUGUAGUCUGUCUGUGAAAUCUAUGGGUGACACAGAUACAGCAACCAGAGCCCAGUUAGUUGAAGUUGUUGAGCCAGUGGGUAUGCCACCCAAAUUCAUUAAGUUGCUGACUGAUAUCUUGGCUCCAGAAGGAGAAAGGGUUACAUUUGAAUCAUGUAUGAAUGGAGAUCCCAAACCUGAUAUAAAAUGGUAUUUAAACAAUGAAGAAAUCCAUGACUCUGAAAAGAUACAGCUGAACCACGAUGAGGAAGGAAAUGUCAGCCUUACUAUUCUGGAGGUGUCACCUGACAACAAAGGCGUGUAUACAGUGAAAGCCUGUAACUCUUGCGGUGAAGCAAAAUGUUUUGCCAAUCUUAUUGUUAAAACAAUUAGCUCACCUGAGAUUAAGCAUAAAGUAAUGGAAACACAAGAAAAACCUAUAGCACCAGCUUUUCAAGAGCUUUUUGCUGAUAGAGCAGUUAAUGAAAAUGAUACUACAAAAUUUGAGUGUGUUAUCACUGGCAAACCUGUACCUAAGGUGGAGUGGUAUUUCAAUGAAGAGAUAGUAUCUGGUAAAAACUUCUUGGUAUCCAGCAGUGGUGACAGGCAUGCAUUGGCCAUUUUCCAAACGUCACCAGACCACACUGGCAAAAUAGCUUGUGUAGCAGAGAAUGAAGCUGGCAAGGCAACAUGUGUCGCCAGACUGAGUGUCAAGACCAAAUCUCCUGUAGAAGUGAGCACUACACCACAUGAAAGCAGCAUCAUGACUGAGCACCAAGAAUCAUCUUUGUUCACAGUGAAGCGCUCUGUAAUUGUCCAGUCAUCAUCAAGUGAAGUGACAGCUUCAGCAUCAACGAUAAAUAUGGAACCUAAUGUACAGGUUCACAGCUAUUCCUCACAAUCUGAAGAAAAAUUUGAGAAGAUUGGAGAUAAGCCUCCUCUGCAGGUACAGAGUCAGCAGACCCAAGAGUUGCAUCAACAAAAUCAAGAUAAUCCGGUUAUCCAUGAGCAGACAGUUAUCAAAGUAGUCAAUGGAGUUGAAGGCUACCAAGAAACUGUAACAACUACCUCUUCCACCCCAGUAUCUUCCCCGAAACCCACCAGAAAAUCAGUAGCACCAAGAUUUAUUUCACCACUUAAUGGCAAAAUCGUAGACCAGGGUACAGAUGUGAUCUUGGAUGCUAUUGUGGAUGGUUAUCCUCAGCCAACUGUCAUUUGGCAUAAAAAUGGCCAAGAACUGAGUCCCAAAGAUGGUUCUGUAAUAAUAAGUUGGGAAUGUAACCAUGCCAGACUUGAGCUAAGAAAUGUUACAGUGAAAGAUGCAGGCCGCUACACAUGCAGGGCUGCCAACAGUGUGGGUUCUGCCACCAACACUGCCGAUGUUGUUGUUAAAAAAACCAUUUUCCCACCUGUAUUUGGUCGACGAUUGCAAGCAAGUAUGGCAAAAGUUGGAGAGCGGGUCACAAUGACUGUUGAAGUUACAGGGACACCAGAUCCUGUUGUGAUAUGGUACAAAGAUAAUCAACAGAUUUUAGGAGCAGUUCCUGGGGGACCGUUCAGAACAAAGAUCCAGGGAAAUUCUUACUCCCUCAUUAUUGAGAAAGCUGCACCAAGUCAUUCUGGAAAAUAUGCAGUGAAAGCUGAAAAUGCAGGAGGUGAAGCACAGUGUAUCGCUGACUUCAUUGUACUGGAGCCAGAACCACAGGAAGGGAUGCAGACUGAACAGGAUUUGCAAAUGAGGACACAUGUUAUAUUUAAGGAUAUAAAGGAAGAAAGAAUACAGCAGAGUGACCUUCGCCACCAGACCACAUCUUCGAAAGUUACAACAGAGCUGGUUCAGCCAGAGAUCACAAAACCGAGCACUGCUGAGACAGGCACAUCUCCCAUCCCAUUAUCUCCACAUAGAACCUCUCCUUCAAUUGGAAAACCCAUCACUACUGAGUCUACAACUGUAACAGAGAGUAUGAAGACAGAAAAACUCUUUUCAAUCAAGAUGGAACGUACUCCAUCACCUGCAUUUCAGAAAUUCACAGAGGAAACCCAUACCACAAAAGAAGUUCAGAUACCUGUCCAUGUUGUAAAGAAGCCAGAGUCAACUGCCACCAUUAUAGAAUCAGAAAAGAAAGAAAUUCAGAUUCCAGUAGAAAUUGAAAAGAAGCCAGAGUCAGUUCCCCCAGUUUCAGAAACAAAAGAAAUUGCUACACUGAUUGAGGAGGUACACAAGUCUGAGAAAGAAGAGCUUGUCAGAAUAAAAGAUACAAAAAUAACAGAAGAACAGUUUCUAGAACAAGAAAUUCCACAUACACUUAGAAAGGAACAGGAAAUUGAAAAUGUUCUUGAAGAGACAGGAGUUGAAAGUGGGUCUAUUAGCAAGAAAAGUGCUUUAGAUUUCUUUGUGUCAAAAUUAAGUGAAAAGGAAAGUGAAGUAUCAAAGGAGAAAGUUAAGGAACCAGAAGUAAUACCAUUGAAAACAUCAGUAAAGCAAAAUAUUUCACAAUUUGAAGAACUGCACGUUAAAGAAUCUGAUCAGCAGUAUCUGCCAAAGGAUAGCGGCUCUCAUCCUGUACCUGUUGUUCAUGAGAAGACUGACACUGAAGAGAAUAAAACUAAACAUUUUUCACCAAAUUUUGAUGAUUUGCCCAGAGAAUCAUCAGCUGUAUUUUCAAAGACAGAAAAGGAGCACUCAUCUUUCAUUCAAAGUGAAAACCAUAAAGUAUCGCCUCAUAUUCCACAGCCAAUGAAGUUUAAUACAUUUCCACUUCAGUCUUCAACAUCAUCUCAGCAUCGCACUGAACAUUCAAGUUUUGAGAAGCAUGUGAUACAGCAUCAUUCAAGUUUCUCAUUAGAUGGAUUUAACCUUCACCCUGAGCCACCACCAGAGAUUGGUUACAUACCUAAAACAGAAGUUCCAGCUAAAAUUCGUUUGGAUAUGUCAAGUCGAGUGAAGAAACUGGAAGAAUCUCACAGAGUUUUGUCACCAGUCGAAAUCCCAUCGGGCGCAGUGAGAAUUUUUCCAGCACCAGUUAGGUCAGAAGCACCUGCAGCAGAAAAAUGUGAGCCUCUGCCAAAGCCCGAGAUACAAUCUAGACCAUUCAGAGAGACACAAGAAACAGUUUCAAUGCCAGGGGAAGAAAAAGAAAUUGAAGAAAUGCUAGUCAAGAAGAAAAUUGUCGAAGAAAUAUCUGUUCAGAAGAAAGUCCACCUGCCAGGAUCCAGAGAUUGGACUUACAAACAGCCCACAUCUGCAGUGGAGCCAGUAUUGGAAGAACAGGCACCAUUCAUCCCCAAACCUUGGUCUCCACAUCCAGUUCCUGAACCAAUUUUACAAUCACAAACAUCUGCAGAGAUACCAAGUCAUGCUCAAGAUUCUCCACACUUACCAGUGGCAGUGAUCCGGCCACCAUGGCGUACAGAGACAACUCAGACACAGGUGCCAAUGUCAAAAACAGAACAGCAAACACUGGAGACUGUAAGGCCUGUGUCGCCAAGACCAUCAGCAGAGGCUUUGUCAAUGGAGAGACUUUGGGCUUCUCGUCGAACACCAGAACCAGAGGUUGUUGGCUUGCCAGUUUUACCUAUAAAAGGAGUUGAAAUGCCUAAACCUCUUCUCCCUGAAUCAACAGAAAAAUUUGUAUCUUCUUCCAUCACAAAAUCCUCAGUGCAAGAAACAGAUAUAAGACGGGCUGUAUCUCCAAGACCUUCAGCAGAAGGUAUUGCUAUGGAGAAAUUGUGGACUCCUCAUAAAACAGCUGAGCCUGAGCCUGUAAUUGCUAGACCUGUAUCAACAGGACAGCAGCAAUUUGAAAAGGCCAUGUCUCCUAAACCUUCAAUGGAAGGACUUGCAAUGGAUAAAAUAUGGGCACAUAAACAUCCAGAUUCUGCUCUGAGGAAAGCAUGGCCUCCUCCACAACCAGAAGAGGAAAAGCCGGUUAUACCCUGGGCAGUGACAGGAAACAUUGAAAAGACAUGGCCUCCAGCAGAUCCAGUACCAGAUGUGAAUCAGGAAGUUGAUUCAAAAUCUCACAAAGAAAUCAAAGUGCAACAAGAAGAAACAAAGAAGGUUCAGUUAAGGCCACAAACACCCAAGGUUCAACAGUCAGUAAAGGAGGUAGAGAUUUCAAAAGUGACAACAGAAAAUUACAAAAAAGAAACAGAAGAAAGCAAGAGCAGUAUCUUACAUGUACAGCCAACACCUACAUCUGCUGCACCAGUUGUUCAGCAUUAUAUUGCAGAGGCCCGAGUGGUUCACUCAUCAGCAGUGGUGGAGAGUGAAGUUCAGUCUACAACCACAACCUCUGAACAUUUGGAAAUAAAAUCAGAACAUAUGGAAAAUACAAAAACAAUCAGUUCCAUACUUCCAAUACCGGUACCUAAAGAACCAUCUCCUCCUGUUGUGGAGGAGAAGAUGUUACGGCCAUCAGAAGCAAAGAGAGUAUGGCCACCAGGUCCUAAAGAUGAAUAUGAAUUGAAAGCACCUCCUGUGCUAAAAGAUGUCCUACCCAGGAAAGAAACAUUGCCUAAACCAAAACCAGUGGAGGAAAUGAUUAUUGAGCCUUUCCUAGAGCCUGGACCUCCUCCAGAAAUUGGAUUUGCACCUGCACCACCAAUUGAACGUCGACAGUCUCUUGUUGAGACCAUUGAACAGGAUCUGAAGAAAGACCUAGAGAAAGAGCCAUCACGGCAUAUAGUAGGAGCCGUGAGGACCAUACCUUCACCAGCACAAAAGCAAAAGUGUGCACCACCACCACUGCCACCUAAAGAAAAGUCUGUACCACCACCCUUGCCCCCUAAAGAGAAAUUAUCAGAAAUUAAACCAGUUCCACUCCCUAAAAAAGAGACAAAGAAACCAGUUGUUAAAGAGAAGCCAUUUGAGAGGUUCCCAGACUUAGAGCCUUUCCCGUUCAGACCUGAUGAACCUGCACCUAAACCUGCGAAAUGUCCACCACCUCCAAAACCUUCAAAAUUUAUUAAGGGAGAAUUUGUGAGUAGUGAUUAUGAAAGUGACAUUGAAUCAAUACAUAUUCCUUCUAAGUGGAGACCAUAUGAAAGUGACACAGAGGAAAUACUUGGCUAUAGGAAAGUAGUUCCACCAACUUUGAAACAGCCUAAGAGACCAAAGUCAGCUGAACCAGAUCCACUUCCUCCAUCUAAGUUCGACCAGCCUCCUCAGUUUGUUGGUCCUCCACGACCAACAGUUAACAAAGUGCAAGCCAAUAGGAAAGAAAUUAAAGAACUGAAGACUGAAAUCUCCAAAGUUACGUCAAAGGUUGAAACAAAGACUGAAAAGAUUAAAAAGUAUCAUCACCAUCACCAUCAUCAUGUAUCUGAACCAAAGAAGAAACAUUCACCACCAACACUAAAACCUGGAUCGCCUCCAAUUUUUGUUCAACCUGAUGCAGCUCCCACACAAAAUGGAGAGGUUAAACCUGCUACAGAUCAGAAGAAAGGUGAACCUGUAUCACCCCCUAAAACAAAACCAGAUUCUCCAAAGUUCAAAGCAAAGACUACUCAGAGUGAGUUUCCUGAAAGUGGAUACAUGGCUGACACUGAUGAACCAAGACAUUUAGAACAGACCACUCACAAAUACUCUCAUUUUAAACAUGAGGAAUCCAAAAUGACUUUUGAGCAUACAACUGUUGUUAGUGAUAUAGUGUCUGAACAAAGCACACAGACAGUGCAGCAGCAACAGCAGAAAAUUGAAAAGUCACUUCCUACAAAACCUCAUCCACCUUCUAAAUUCCAUCAGAGACAUUCUGAUCAUAAGUCAGAGAAGAAAACUGUGGUACCUUCAGCAACAGCUCAUUCAGAACCAAAGAAGGAACUUCUUACUUCAGCAGCAGCAACAGGUUCAACAGACACAACAACCCAAGUGUACAAGGAAGAGCUUGUCUCCAAUCUAGAUCUAUUCCCAUUUAGAGCUGAAUCGCCACAACCUAGAGUGAAGCAUGUUAUAGGGCCCCCUCCUCCAAGCCCAUCAAAAUUUCUGAAGGGAGAAUUUCGUGAAAGUGAUUAUGAAAGUGACUAUGAUGGUAAGAUUCCAGCCAAGUGGCGUCCAUAUGAUUCAGAUGUUGAUGAACCAUCAUACAAGCCAGUAAAACCUGUUCUGACACCCAGUGGAAGACGAAUUCCUUCUCAGGCUUCUACGGAAGUCAGAACACCAACACCACCAACUGAGUUUGACAACCCUCCUCAGUUUGGUGGACCUCCUAGACCCAAAUUCGAACCAAUUGAGAAGCAAUCCCCUCCAGUUAAGUUAGAAGUUAGAAUACCAGACAAACCUCAGAAAGUCUUCAAACCCACACCAGUAACUCCCAAACCCCCCUCACCGGUUGAACUAAUUGUGGCAACCCCUGCUAUUAAGGAACUAGAUGUUAUUCUGCAGCCAGGAACACCACCGGAAUUGAAUUAUGCCCCCCCUCCACCUAGAAUUGUUCCCUGUCAGAAUGCUACACAAAUGGAAACUUCAAAGGUGAUGAAAUUUGCCGAAUCAACUCAGCAUAGCCACAGAGUUGUAAGUGUUCAGCAGACAACAAGAGUCAUUAAAUUUGGAGAUAACGAGAAGAAGAUAGCACCAGAACCAAAACUAGAACCGUUCCCCUUCAAACCAGAACCGGAACGUCAGCGUCGAAGAAGUGGUCCGCCCCCUACCACACCCAAAAAGUUUAUGCCAGGAGAGUUUCGUGAGAGUGAUUAUGAGAGUGAUUAUGAAGGAGCCCGCAUUAAGCCCAAGUGGACUCCAGGUAAUAGUGACACAGAUGAGCCACAGUAUCGGAAAGUAAGACCUCCACCUGUUACCAGAUCGACUAGUGUUCCUGCAAAACCAACAGACUCUGUCCCUACUCCUAUGGAAUUUGACACAGAACCAGUAGUGCUACCAAGUCCAGUGAAAGUGACUGUACAGCCAAAAACAAAAUCAGUGAAAUUGGAAUCUGAACAAAAGAGAUUAAAGCGUGUUGAAGAAAUGAGAAAUAGAUUCAGUGAAAGUACAUACUCAUCACUUCAGAAGAAGAUGACAGCUGCUACAAAGAGCCAUGCAUCUGUGGGAGAUUCGCAACAAAUACUUCUCCAACCUGGUGAACCACCAGAAUUCGGCUUUGUGCCAGCAUCAACAUCGUAUGUUGCUUCAAAACACGUGAGUGAGAUGACAGAUACAUUCAAGUCCAAAGCACAGCAGUUUGUUGAUGACAUUAUGACAGAUGUAAAAUCUACAAAGGAAAGUAGUCAUGUGGAGAAACCUAAAGGUCUCACCCUGUCUGAUGAAAAUGAUCCUCAGGCCUACAGAGAAGAAUCUAGACUUGCAGAAUAUGGAACAAAACACAUUGAUCCAGACACUGGACUCAUUUACUUCAAAUAUGAUUUUGGAUAUGAAUUUGGAAUUGUACUUCCUGGUGAGGGUGAUAAAAAACCAAAGCAUGCUCAAAUUGAAAAGAAACGAGAUGAUGACAUUGAAGUUCCUAUAAUCCAUGAGACAAGUGGCUCCGAGAAGAAGAAAGGGCCUCAGCCUAUUGCAGAUUCGGGAAAGGUUCCACAAUUCCGACCCAAGAAAUUUUCCCACUUGAAAACUGUGAAGUGGGAACCAGUGUCAGAGAGUGAGAUGUCUGAAGCUGAAGGAGAUUCUAUACAUCACCACAAGAAGCGCUAUAGCUUACCACAGUCCCAAAGUGGAGGGUUCCAGAAAGCUCCUCACAUCUUUAUCCCUCAUUCAUCCCGGUGGGACCAAGCAUCUCCAAGCCCACUGUCUCUCUCACCCAGCUUACCAAGCCUGUCUCCACACUACAGUGGACAGGGUCCUCAUGGUGCUGCAUCUGGUGUAGAUUCAGCAGCAUCACCAGGGGGUUCAUGGCAAGGUCUCAGUCCAAACAGAGGACCACGUUCACAGGGACGAGGAAGUACUCCAACACCACCUAGCACACCCAGCACUCCUGGUAGUACUCAUGGUUCAGCUGGAAACUUGCCUCAGCCUCGAAAACCCCCAACCUUCAUCACCCCUCUUCGUGAUAUUGCUGUUGUCAGUGGACAGAAUGCCCGGUUUGAAUGUAUUGUCCAAGCUGAACCCCCACCAAAUAUCUUAUGGUCAAAGAAUGGCAGAAUCAUCGAAAAUUCACAGAAUUACCAGAUCCAGUACAGGAAUGGAGUUUGUCGUCUCACCAUCCCACAAGCCUUUCCUGAGGAUGCUGGGUCAUAUACAUGUACUGCAACAAAUAUGCUUGGUACUAUCGGUACUACAGGAUCAUUGCAAGUUCCAGGUGAGAGACGAUCAGUACGUAUAUAAUUUUGCUGGAAGUGUUUCUGCAGACCCCAGUGGUAUUAUAUUUUGAAACAGUUAUUGAGGUUCAGUAUUUAUUUGAGAGUUCUUUUGUGUGAUCUUUAAGGUUCUAGUCAGUGAAAGAAUAUCAGUCUAUGAACAAAUUAAUUUUAAAAGCCAAUGUCAAAAUUAUGUUUAUUAAUAUUUUGAAGUCAGUUAGCACAUUAUACCUAAUUUAACAGUGCUGCAAAGGUAUCUUCUUGUUAAUACUCAUGUAUAAGAGAAGUUAAUUUUCUUUCAAUACUUUGAGCUGUCAUAUACUUCAUAUUGAGGUUUUAUGUACAUGCUAGGGUAGUUAUAUGAACUGGAUGCGACAAGUUGUGAAUGUAGUGCAAAUAAUUUGUAUCUCUAUCAUAAGUAGUGAUUUUGUGUAUAUUUAUAUUGAAUUUUAUACCGCAGCUUUUAGUAAUUUGCAUUUUUGAGGUUUUGGCAGCACACUUGAAGGCAGAAUGAGGUGACAUGGGUGCAUGUGGGAAGUGGCACAUGUAUGUUGCAUGUGGUAUGUAGACUGGUGAUGGGCUUAUGUUAUGCAAUUGUAAACCAUGAUGUAUGAAUAUUUGGCAGCUAAAUGUAGGCUUUAUGAAAUUCCUUUUAUGCAUAUUCAUUUGGAAAUUGUGUUCAUAAUUGUAAACAUAUGCAACAUGAAAUAGAUUUUGAAGAACAAAUUUGUGUACUGCUUUAUUAAAGUACUAGUGCUUUUUUACACAUAAAUUUGUUUGACUGUAGCAUUAUUUCAUAUAAAUAAAAAAUAAUAGUGUCUUGUUU